AUGUGUAACAAAUGGCUUGUGUGGUUUGAGGUAAUUUUGGACAAGAAUGGACAGAAAAAAAUUGAAAUCCAAUUUCUUCCACCAAAAAUGUCUGUAUUUAUCCAGAAUUACUUCCAGUUAUACAAGUCACUUGUCACGGAUUAUGAAUCAAUGAAUAUCGGUGAAACG